AUGGCAGACAGCAGUGUUAGUGCAUUCAUGGAACAGUGUGUGGUGAUAAAGUUUCUUGUGAAUAAAGGCAUAAAACCCACAGAUAUCUACAGAAGACUUCAAGCACAGUACGUAACAUAUUUGAAUGGUGUAAAAGUUUCAAAGAUGGCCAUACGUUUGGCAGUAGCGAUCCCGGCCGUGUUGGUUCCCAGCCCACAGCAGUCAUUCCUGCUAACAUUCAGCACAUGGAACGCCUGAGCCUGGAUAAUCAACGCAUAACCUGUCAUGAAAUUGCAGAAGAGACAAAUCUUUCUGUGGGAACAGUGA